CCUGGCGGUGACGUAAUACACAAAAACAUGGUUCCCCUUGUUUUGAACCCGAACAGCGUGCUAAGUGCUCCUCUAACUUCGCCACGCACGAAGAUGACCCCCCGACACUGAGCGGCCCGGGGAAGCGCUGGACGGGAGAGACGAUGGCUCAGCCCGCGGAGACGUGCGCCGAGUCCGGCCGCAGGCUGCGCUCCAUCUGCCGGAGGAUGUAUGACGAAAACGAGGACCUGUCCGACGUCGAAGAAAUCGCCAACAUCAGAGGUUUCAGUGUGGAGGAGAAGCUCGCCAGUGACAGUUACAAUGCAAACUUUGUCCACUCGAUGGAGGGGAAAGACUUCAAUUAUGAAUAUGUGCAAAGGGAGGCUCUCAGGGUCCCACUCAUCUUUAAAGAGAAAGAUGGACUAGGGAUCAGAAUGCCUGAUCCAGAAUUCACCGUUAGUGAAAUUAAAGGUUUAGUCGGCAGUCGUCGGUCCGUGGAUGUCAUGGACGUGAGUACUCAGAAAGGCUCUGAAAUGAGCAUGGCUCAGUUUGUCCGAUACUACGAGACACCAGAGGAAGAGCGGGACAAACUCUUCAAUGUCAUCAGCCUGGAAUUCAGCCACACCAAGCUGGAGAACCUCAUCAAGCGACCCACAGCGGUGGAUCAAGUUGACUGGGUGGACAACAUGUGGCCUCCUGACCUGAAACAAAGCCAAACAGAAGCCACCAAUGUAAUCUCGGAGAUGAAGUAUCCUAAAGUGCAAAGAUACUGUUUGAUGAGUGUGAAGGGCUGCUACACAGAUUUCCACAUCGAUUUCGGGGGAACAUCAGUUUGGUAUCACGUAUUCAAAGGACAGAAAGUUUUCUGGCUGGUGCCUCCCACCAUUCAUAACCUUGCCCUGUAUGAGGACUGGGUCCUGUCAGGCAAGCAGAGUGACAUCUUCCUGGGAGACAGAGUUGAUGGAUGCCAGAGGGUGGAGCUUAAGCCAGGAUACACUUUCUUCAUCCCGUCUGGGUGGAUUCAUGCCGUCUACACCCCUGAGGACACACUGGUGUUUGGAGGCAACAUUCUGCACAGCUUCAACAUCCCUAUGCAGCUCACCAUCCACGAGAUAGAGAACAGGACCAAGGUUCAUUCCAAGUUUCGUUUCCCCUUCUACUAUGAGAUUUGCUGGUAUGUCCUGGAGAGAUACCUGCACUGCCUCACCAAGCGCUCCUACCUUUCUCUGGAGAUCCGCAAAGAGCCUGUACUAAUGGACUAUGAGUCAAAGGCAAACACAGAGAGCCCGUCCUCUGACUCAAGGAGCCAGGACAUGAACGAGGACUCGUGCGAGAAUCACAUUAGGGAGGACCAGGGUGAAAAGUCGGACAGAGUUGCUCCGGAGGGCCCCUGCUCUCCCGACCACGGGAGGGGCCAUCACCUCAAAGGAGUUCUAUCCGUCGACUCCGAGGACAGCUGCAAUCCCGGCUCUGCUUCUCUAGAUUUCCCCAAAACCCCAUCUGACUCUCCGACCUCAGAGUCUCAGAAUAAAUGGACUCAUUUGACAGAGUUCGAGCUGAGUGGACUGAGGACGCUGGUGGAGAAGCUGGAGUCGCUCCCCGAAAACAAGAAAUGUGUCCCAGAGGGAAUAGACAAUCCACAAGCCCUGCUGGAGGACAUCAAGGUUCUCUUAAAAGAACAUGCUGGUGAUGACCCCAAAUUAGCGAUCACUGGACUUCCUGUGGUGUACUGGCCCAAGAAAACUAUAAAGCCUCGGCCUCCCAAUCGGCCAAAACCCAAGAUGGCAGCCUCUCCUGCGUCAGCAGUCAAGCUGUCAGCGAGUCGGGGAACAUCUGGUGCCAGGAGAAGAAGGACCCGCUGUCGGAAGUGUGAGGCGUGCAUGCGGACGGAAUGCGGGGAGUGUCACUUUUGCAAAGACAUGAAGAAGUUUGGCGGGCCGGGGCGCAUGAAGCAGUCCUGCAUCAUGAGGCAGUGCAUCGCACCUGUGCUGCCUCACACAGCAGUUUGUCUGGUCUGUGGAGAGGCCGGGAAGGAGGACACCGUGGAGGACGAGGAAGAAAAAUUUAACCUCAUGCUCAUGGAGUGCUCCAUCUGCAACGAGAUUGUUCAUCCAAACUGUCUCAAGGUCAAAGAUUCAAAUGGAGUCGUCAAUGAUGAGUUGCCAAACUGCUGGGAGUGCCCUAAGUGCAACCAUGCUGGGAAAACAGGGAAAGCCUCAAAGCAAAAAAGGGGGCCAGGGUUUAAAUACGCUUCAAACCUUCCUGGCUCACUACUGAAAGAACCGCGCUUAAACCGGGAUACAAAAGAGGACCCUGACCCUCCCAUGGUGGCCACGGCAACUGUCGUCACUGCUUUGACCACCACAUCGGCUGUGAAGAGAAAGGCAGAGCGGGAAGAAAUCCCAAAGAGGAAAGAUGAAGAGCCUCCCAAGAAGCGCCCCCCCUUGCUGUCUCUGGAUGCUACACCCCGUCCGAGGCUCGAGGACAACCCACUACGGAAAAAGAGGAAACUUUUUGACACCAAUGAUGAACCUGUUGUUGUGAAAAAGAAGAAGAAACUUUCAAAACCUGAUGAUCCCAUGACGCCAAAACUGCUUCGUCAAAUCAAAACAGAGAAGGAUUAUGGUGACGAAGAAGACGAGCAGGAGGAUCAUGAAGAAGAUGGAUUCUGCUUGGACAGGAUUCAUUUGAAGGAGACAAACGAAUUUGACGAUGAGGUUCAAGAAGAGGAUGAGACGGAAGAGGAAGAGGUGACACUGAAAAAAGAGAGAGACAGUAGUGCAGAGAACAAAGCCAAGAUCUUGUUAAGUCCGCUGCUGAGGACGUCUGUGGCCAGAGAAGGUGACCAGUCGUCCUCCAACUCUCCCAGAGCUGGACCGAGCGGUGGGUCGGGAGACGCUCAGGAGAGGAGCUCUGCCCAGCACAAGGCUCGCCAUCAGCGCAGACGCCUCCCCAACAAAGAGCUUAGCAAAGAGUUCAAACAGGAGAUUCCCAACGCAGAGGACUGUCUGAGCAGCCAGAACCACGGUUCGGUGAAGGCAGAGGACAGUCCAGCCAACCACAGUCGACGGCCGGUGAAGAACGAGGACUCUGUGUCCAAUCAGAACCGUAAACCACUAAAAACAGAAGACUCGGCCACCAAUCAGAGCCGCAGGGCCCUUAAACUGGAGGAGGGUGUGGCUAGUCAAAACAGACGGCCACUGAAAACGGAGGAGUGUCUGGCCAAUCAAAACCACAGGCCAAUAAAAGCUGAGCCUGAGAACGAAGGGGAGGACCAGAAGCCCAGAUGGCCUCUCAACAAUGGCGGCAGCGACCUGGGCGACUGGCUGCGACAUCGGGGGCGGGAGGUGAACGGGACGCCGCGGGGUUACUCGCCGCUCGGCUGGAACAGGAGCACACCAAUCACGCCGAUUUGCCCCCGGCCGCUCCCCUGCCGCUCCCCGCCAAAAUGUAUCCAAAUGGAGCGCCACGUGAUCCGGCCCCCUCCCAUCAGCCCCCCGCCCGACAGGCUGCCGCUGAACGACGACGAAGCUCACGUGAUGCGGCGAGAGAUGUGGAUGGCUGUGUUCGGCCACCUGACUCACAGAGACCUCUGUGUCGGCAUGCGCGUCUGCAGGACCUGGAACAGAUGGUGCUGUGACAAGAGGCUUUGGAAGCACAUCAACCUGAACCGCUGUAAGUCCAUCACACCUCUCAUGCUGAGCGGCAUCAUCCGGAGACAGCCGGUCGCUCUGGACCUCAGCUGGACCAACAUCUCCAAGAAGCAGCUCAGCUGGCUGAUCAACAGACUGCCAGGUCUGCGUGUGCUGCUGCUGUCGGGAUGCUCCUGGGUGGCCGUCUCUGCUCUCUGCACGUCCAGCUGUCCCCUUCUGCGAACUCUGGACGUUCAGUGGGUCGAGGGACUGAAAGACGCCCAGAUGAGGGACAUGCUGUCGCCUCCCACAGAUAACAGACCAGGUCAGUUAGACAACAGGAGUAAGCUCCGCAACGUGGAGGACCUGCGUCUGGCGGGGCUGGACAUCACGGACACGUCCCUGCGCCUCAUCAUCCGUUACAUGCCCCUGUUGUCCAAGCUGGACCUCAGCUACUGCAACCACGUGACGGACCAGUCUGUCAACAUCCUGACGGCCGCAGGGACGACCACCAGAGACUCGCUCACUGACAUCAACCUGUCAGUCUGUAACAGGGUCACAGACCAGUCGCUGACCUAUUUCAAGCGCUGCGGAAGCAUAUGUCAUAUCGACCUGCGAUACUGCAAACAGGUGACCAAGGAAGGGUGCGACCAGUUCAUCGCAGAAAUGUCAGUCAGCGUGCAGUUUGAACUGAUAGAGGAGAAACUGCUGCAAAAGAUCAGCUAGACAGAGGAGCGCGGGGGACAGUUUGACAUUUUACGAGCGGUGAAGCCACUGUCCACACGGAGGCAGCAGACGACCGUGUGCUCCCGGAGAACUCUGUCCAGACGUGAGGAAGUUCCCUGUUUCCGUGCAGCCGGACGUAAAGGGAAACUGUGCUGCUAAGCUCGAAUGUAAAAAAAAAAAAGAAAAGAAAAAAAAGGAAAUCUUGUCCAGUGAAGGCAAUAUUGCAAUUUUUUUUUUUUUUGUUAUUUGCACCUGUUGAUAAUUUAUUUAUUUCUUUGUAUUGACGUAUCUUGAUUAUCUUUUUUUCGGUGGCCAUAGACUAUUUUUUGUUCCAAUGUAAAGUUUAUUGCAUAGAGUAAUAUUUUUGUAUCAGAAAGUGUUUCAUACAUGUAUGUGCAGUAUUGACUGCACCAGUGUACAGUGUCACUCCAUUGAAAUUGAUAAUCGGUUAAUGUUGAGCUCGUCAUUGUUGAAAGGCAAAAGUCUGUUGGCUGGUAGCUUGUGUUUGUGUGGGUGUGUUUUUUAUAUUUUAUUACACGUGUCAGUGCCCUGUUUGUAAAUGGACAAAGGUACUGUACAUUUUUGUUUUUUCAUAAGACUACAUGUUAUGUUGCUUUGUCCUUGUGGAUGAGAUAUGUAGAAAAAACGUUUAAAAAAUGUUAUUUGCACUGAUACAGUAAAUAUGGAUGUGUAUAAAGCCUAUUUUUCCAACACUCAAUAUGUUCUGCUAAUUCUACUAACGGCUCCUAGUUAUAUUACGACAUACCUGCAUACAAAGGUGUCCGUCAUCACGAUGUAGUCUUUAGUGUUGUUGAAAGGAAGCGUUUUCAGCGCUGCAUGCAGAGACGAAAUCUGUUUACAACACAGUCAGUAGAUUUAAUAACUGUUAAAUAUUAUCACCAUCUGUUUACUCAUGUCCUUAGCAGAACCCCCAUGUUAAAAAAGAGAGUGCUGAAUUAUGCAAGUAAUAAAGAAUAAGCAAAGCCCAGGAAUAUAGGGUAAUACAUUUGCAUAAAUCUUUUAGAUGAGACGGUGUAGCUCAGGUGUAAUCAGUCAAACAGACAAGAGGCCAAAUGAUUAAUGUAAAAUGACUGUUCCUCAACUCUUUUUUUUUUCUUUUCUUAACAUCAUGACCCUGUUUAUACGCUAUAUCCCAAAAACCCAUGACUCCAAUAAUUUGAGUAAAGCUUAGUGAUGUAUUCUGGUUUCUAAAGGUGAAAGACAACCUUAUCUUUUAUGUAAAACAUAUCAAGACAAUAUUAGUAUAUCAGUCUAGAAAAAUCAAUAUCAUGGGAUCCUGGCCACAAGGUAGAGAAAAAAAUGUUUUAAGGCAAAACAUAAGAAAUACAGAAUGACAUGAGAGGUUCAUAGGUUCCAUAUGUCCAUACAUCUUAUACCUACACAUGUGAAGAGCCUGCAAAAACAUAUUUCCUGAGAAAUUUGUAAAAAGGGAUUUUUGUAUAUUCUUCAUUCUUAGUUACACAUUCCAGUAAGACAUUUUUUUAAAAAUUGUUUCUUAAGAGUUUUUUAAUUUUAUUACUUUUCUGUCCCCGCCAAGAAAACACAACCUAUGGCAUCAUUUUGUAGCAUUUUUUCAGAAGUAUUGUUCUUACUGUGUGCCGGUAUUCAUCAUCCUAAUAUUUAAACGUGAUACAGAAAUCACAGAUUUUGCUAUCGGGAGUAUUUUGUGUAGCUUUUGAAUGGCAGUUGAUACAGUUCAGUGGAUGGGUUUACAUUUAAAUCAUAUUUGUUUUUAUUAGACGACCGUGUCUCAUUUAAAUAUUUUACUACGUGAAUGUAAAUGUUCCUUUGUACAUAAUGUACAUGUAAAGCUUCUAGGAAAAGUUAAGUCAACCUUUGGGAUAUUAAAUUCAUUUAAAAUACUGAA